AUGGCUCCCUCCGAUAGUACUGCGGAGCCCGAUGCCCGUCGCAAGGGCCCGCGCAUUGAAGAGGCUAUCAUCAACCCUGGCGCCGUCAAGAUCAACGUCAAGGGUGCCUUCAUUGUCGACGACGAACCCCGGUCGCGCAGCCCCGUCGAGGCCGAGGGCGUACAUUACGAGAACAAGGACAUCCGUCUACCACACCACACUGGCCUCGUUAGCCAUGUCGCCGUCGAUAUCGGCGGAUCGCUGUGCAAGCUGGUCUACUUUACGCGUGAACUCGACGCUGCUGAUAACGGCGGUCGCCUCAAUUUUAUUAACUUUGAAACCCAUCGGAUCGACAUCUGCAUCAACUUCAUCCGCCAACUCAAGGAGGAACACCGGAAGCGCAAUGGUUCCGUACCGGAGGAACUGUGUGUUGUGGCCACUGGAGGUGGCGCUUUCAAGUACUACGACAAGCUGAAGGAGGCGCUGGACGUCAAUAUUCUCCGGGAGGAGGAGAUGGAAUGCCUGAUUAUCGGUCUCGAUUUUUUUAUCACUGAGAUUCCCAACGAAGUCUUCACCUAUAGCGAUGCCGAUUCCGAACCUAUGCAAUUUGCUGAAGCCCGACCGGAUGUAUAUCCGUACCUCCUUGUCAACAUAGGGUCUGGCGUGUCCAUGAUCAAGGUCUCCGGCCCCAGACAGUUCCAGCGUGUAGGGGGAACCCAUCUCGGUGGAGGCACAUUCUGGGGCCUCAUGUCCUUGCUGACUGGCUCCCGAACAUUUGACGACAUGCUGGCCAUGGCGGAUCGCGGUGACAACAGCGGGGUGGACAUGUUGGUAGGGGAUAUCUAUGGCAUGGAUUACAGCAAGAUUGGGCUCAAGAGCACCGCGAUCGCUAGCACCUUUGGGAAGGUGUUCCGCUUGAAGAAUGCCGCCGAGCGGGGUGCUGAGGACGGCGAGGGCCUGAUCCACGACGAGGAUUCUGAACACAGCAACGGCGGAGUUAACUUCCGACACGAGGACAUGAGCCGGAGUCUUCUAUACGCUAUUAGCAACAAUAUCGGCCAAAUUGCCUACCUGCAGUCGGAGAAGCACCAAGUCAAGCACAUCUACUUUGGUGGAUCUUUCAUACGUGGCCACCGUCAGACCAUGAACACGCUCUCCUACGCCAUCCGGUUCUGGUCCAAGGGCGAGAAGCAGGCCUACUUCCUGCGCCACGAGGGCUAUCUGGGUGCCGUCGGUGCUUUCCUUCGACGACAGCCGCAGAACUGGGGACGCAGGAACAGCAUCGACGAGCUGGCGGCACCGCAGGCGGUCCGGAGUCUGGUCCAGAACCAUAGCCUUAACACUGAACAGAAUGGUGCCGGCAGCGCAUCAUAA